UGCUGGAACCCUGAAAUGCAGAAGAAACCCUUCGGCUCCUCCUCCUCGUCGCUCUCAGCGUCCUCCGGCUGCUGCACACCCACGGGCACCGGCACCGGCACCGGAACCGAAAUGGCGGAUGAAGAAUCGGACUCGAAGCGGGAAGCCCUGCUUCUCAAGGCGCUCGCGGAGACCAGGUUCAAGUCCUCUAACCUCAAGUCCGCCCUCAAGAACGCCCGGCGAGCCCACCGCCUCUGCCCUUCCCUCGACGGCCUCGCCGGCAUGGUCACCACAUUCGGCAUCCUCGACUCCGCCGCCAAGUCCCCCCCGGAGUACUACAGGAUCCUCCAGGUAGAGCCCUUUUCCCACAUCAACGUCAUUAAGAAACAGUACAAGAAGCUGGCCCUCGCGCUCCACCCGGACAAGAAUCCCGGGUUGGGCUCCGAGGAUGCGUUCAAGGUCGUGGGCGAGGCGUUCCAGUUCUUGUCCGAUAGGGUCAAGAGGAAGGAGUACGAUGUUGGGUUGAGGGUUAGGAUGCAGGAGGAGGCCGCAGAGGGCCUGAAUGCGGCGGAGACGUUCUGGACCGCGUGUUCGCGGUGUCGGCUGUUGCAUCAGUUCGAGAGGAAGUACCUGGGGCAUAGCUUAAUCUGUCCUAGCUGUAAGAAGAGUUUUACGGCCAUGGAGGUCGAGGGCGAAGGGGAAGAUGGCGAGGGGUCGAAGGGUGGAGUUGGGUGUGAGGGAUCGAAGCGAAAGGCGGGGGCUGUCCGUGUAGGUGUUAAGAGGAAGGUGAGUAGUGAGGACAGGACGAGGGAUGUCAAGUUGAAGAAGAAAGUGGGUGGUCGUGGUGAAAUUGAGGGUUCGAAUGGCGAUCAUGGUGGCGGAAAUGGCGAGUGGGGUGCGGGGAGAAUCGGUGUCUACGUAGGUGUUAAGAAGAAGGUGAGUAGUGAGGACAGGAUGAGGGAUGUCAACUUGAAGGAGAAAGUGGGUGGUGGUGGUGGUGAAAUAGAGGGUUCGAAGGGCGAUCAUGGUGGCAGAAGUGGCAAGAGGGGUGCAGGGAGAAUCGGUGUCUAUGUAGGUGUUAAGAAGAAGGCGAGUAGUAAGGACAGGAUGCGGGAUGUCAAGUUGAAGGAGAAAGUGGGUGGCGGAAGUGGCGAGUGGGGUGCAGGGAGAAUCGGUGUCUAUGUAGGUGUUAAGAAGAAGGUGAGUAGUGAGGACAGGACGAGGGAUGCAAAGUUGAAGGAGAAAGUAGGUGGCGGAAGUGGCGAGUGGGGUGGAGGGAGAUUGCGGAGUAGAGAAUUGAGGGCAAGAACAAGUAUGAUUACAGAAGUGGCGAAACAGCCGGAGAAGAGGGGGGGAAAAGCUGAGGAAACGAUGACAUUGGCAGAAAUACAGUUGGAAAUGAAUAGAAAGAUCAACAAGGAGAAAAUGAUAUUGCAAAAGAAGGAGAAAGAGAAGGAGAAAGAGAAAGAGAAAGAGAAGGAGAAGGAGAAGGAGAAAAAGAAGGAGAAGGAGAAACAGAAGGAGCAGGUAGAGAAGGAUGAUGAAGGAAAGAGGGCAGAGGAUGAUGGCGAGGAUAGAAGAAAAGCUUCAAAGAAGGAUGGUGCUUAUGAAGUUGAAUCAACUCAUGGAAUCUCAAAGAGAAGUGGAGUUUUGGCGAUUGAGAUAAGAUACUCAAGGAGGAGUAGGACUCCGGGUAUUAGGAGGCAAAGUAAUUCGGAAAGAAGAGAUGGUUCGGAAGUUGAGAUGCAAAUAACCGUACCGAAAAAGAGAGCAAACUUAGAGCAUGAGAAAUCAAGGGGUUCAAAGAGUAAGGAUUUGAAGGCUAUGGCGGUCGUGGAUUCAGACUUCUAUGAUUUCGAUAAGGACAGAGUAGAAAGGAGCUUUAAGAAAGGGCAAGUGUGGGCUGUCUACGACGACAUUGACGGACAGCCGAGACAUUAUGGAUUGGUGAACGAAGUUAUAUGCAUUAAUCCGUUUGCGGUUAGACUUAGUUGGUUAGAUGUACAGUAUAGCAUAGUCCAGGAUCUAGUUGGACAGGAUAAAGUGGGUUUUCAUCUAUCCUGUGGGAGAUUUAAGGUUGCUCAAGAAACGAUUGUGAAGUCUGUGAAUAUAUUCUCGCAUGUGGUUGAUUGUGAAAGGGCUGCCAGGGAAAUCUACAGGAUUUACCCGAAGAAGGGUUCAGUGUGGGCAGUCUUCAAGGAAGGGGUUUUGGAUGCUGAAAGUAGAAAUCUUUCAAACCGGGAUAAAUGCUGCUACGAUGUUGUCAUCUGUUUAACCACCUAUAGCGAAAUGCACGGUUUGAGCAUGGCAUACCUUGAGAAGGUGGAUGGUUUUAAGACCGUAUUCCAGAGACGAGAGAUCGGACUGCAUGCUAUCAGGUGGCUUGAAAAGGAUGGAGUCGACCUGUUUUCACAUCAGAUUCCUGCCCGGAGGCUUUCUGGGAGUGACGUGCCAGAUGCUUUGAAAGAGUGCUGGGAGCUCGAUCCUGCUUCACUUCCUUCCCAUUUGCUGACCACACAGUCACAGAAGCUGCAAAUAAUGCCUUGUGCUUCUUGAUAUCUAGCUUUACUGUCACUGGUGUGGAUUUUUUAGAUAUACAUUGUGAUGACAUCUUGUUCUAAGGAACAUUGUCCGCCCUUUCUUGUGAUGCAGAGUCAAUAAUACAAGGAGAAAAUCUGUAGAUUACUCAGAGAUUGUUUAUGCUGUUUACAUUGACGUGCAUUCUAAUUUGUAAUUGCGGCCAAAUUAAUCGGCUACCUGUUAAAAGACAUAGUAAAAGUGUACAAGCCUUUUGUUGUUUUGUGUA